AUGCAAAUAAAAAGCCACCAAACAAACAAACCCCCCAAACACCUGACAGUCAACCAACCAAAGCACCUGACAGUCAACCAACCAAAGCACCUGACAGUCAACCAACCAAAGCACCUGACAGUCAACCAACCAAAGCACCUGACAGUCAACCAACCAAAGCACCUGACAGUCAACCAACCAAAGCACCUGACAGUCAACCAACCAAAGCACCUGACAGUCAACCAACCAAAGCACCUGACAGUCAACCAACCAAAGCACCUGACAGUCAACCAACCAAAGCACCUGACAGUCAACCAACCAGCAAAGCACCUUACAGUCAACCAACCAAAGCACCUGACAGUCAACCAACCAAAGCACCUGACAGUCAACCAACCAAAGCACCUGACAGUCAACCAACCAAAGCACCUGACAGUCAACCAACCAAAGCACCUGACAGUCAACCAACCAAAGCACCUGACAGUCAACCAACCAAAGCACCUGACAGUCAACCAACCAAAGCACCUGACAGUCAACCAACCAAAGCACCUGACAGUCAACCAGUCAACCAAAGCACCUGCCAGUCAACCAGUCAACCAACCAAAGCACCUGCCAGUCAACCAGUCAACCAACCAAAGCACCUGCCAGUCAACCAGUCAACCAACCAAAGCACCUGACAGUCAACCAGUCAACCAACCAAAGCACCUGACAGUCAACCAGUCAACCAACCAAAGCACCUGA